CAGGGGGAGAGGAUGGAGGUGACGGAGCCCGGCGUCCCCCUCGGGGGGUCUCCCCCCGCCCCCGCGGACGCAGGGCCGGCGCAGGGCUACAACGCGGCGGCUCUGGUGCUGGGCGUCCUGCUCAUCGUGGCCAUCGUCGGCGGCAACGCGCUGGUGUGCGUCGGCGUGCUGACCGAGAAAGCCCUCAAGACCACCACCAACUACUUCAUCGUCAGCCUGGCGGCGGCCGACCUGCUGCUGGCCGUCCUCGUGCUGCCGCUCUUCGUCUACUCGGAGUUCCAUAACGGCGUGUGGACGCUGAGCACGGGCGCGUGCGACGCUCUGAUGAGCAUGGACGUCAUGCUGUGCACCGCCUCCAUCUUCAACCUGUGCGCCAUCAGCGUGGACAGGUUCAUCGCGGUUCUGAUCCCGCUCAACUACAACCGGAAGCACGUGGACCCGCGGCAGGCCGUCCUCCUGUCGGCCACGUGGGUCCUGGCCUUGGCGGUGGCCUGUCCCGUCAUGCUGGGCGUCAACGAGGUGGCGGGCCGCCGCCCCGGCGAGUGCAAGCUGGAGAACGCCGACUACGUGCUGUACUCGUCCGUGUGCUCCUUCUUCAUCCCGUGUCCCGUCAUGUUGCUGCUCUACUGCGGGAUGUUCCGCGGCUUGCGGCGCUGGGAGGAGGCGCGCAAGGCCAAGCUCAAGAGCAGCAUCCAAGCCUGCCGCAAGCUGCGGGAGGCCAACGCCGCCGCCGCCUCGCUCCCGCCCCUGGCCGGGCUGCCGCCGCUUCUGCCGCCCGUCAUCGAGCGGGAGGCCGCCGCCGCCGCCGCCCCGACGGCGAGCCUCGCCCGGGGGACGCUCGCCCCCGAGACCCGACGGAGGAGCAGGGCCAAGAUCAACACUCGCGAGAGGAAGGCCAUGAAGGUGCUGCCUGUCGUCGUAGGCGUGUUCUUGUUGUGCUGGACGCCGUUUUUCGCGCUGCACAUCGUGCGCGCUCGCUGCCGGACUUGCGAGGUCCCGCCCGCCGCCAUGAGCGUGGCCACGUGGUUGGGCUACGUCAACAGCGCGCUCAAUCCCGUCAUCUACACCGUCUUCAACGCGGAGUUCCGACGCUAUUUCAAAAACGUCCUGCGCCGCUGCUGCUGCUGCUGCUUACGUUGCGGCGCCGCAUGAGCGAGACAUUUUGGGUUUUGUUUUUUUUGGCUCGGAACCACUUCCGGACUGGACCGCUUUCUUUCUUUGCAAGCUUUCCCGCAAAGAAGCUGAAGUUUGUCAGAGCAGAGCGGAACGAGGCAGACGCGCGCCACACGCAGAAAUGUAUUUUCAAAAAUCAAGCUCAUCUUUUCACAAUAAAAGCAUUUGUGACAACUUUGCAUCUUAUUCUUUUAAAUCAAUUUGAUUAAGGAUCAAAAUUAAGAGAUAAAAUCUGAGUUUUUUUUUUUUUUUUUUUUAAAUGGUAAACUGAA